AUGUUCAGUUCGUUACUACCCAAGCCUAAACACUCAUCACUUGAACCUUCGUCAAGGAUUUCGCUAAAGAAGGCUGGCCUACACGAAAGGUCAAAUCAGCUUAUAAAAUUGCCAGAAAACAAAUCUGACAGAAACGUAAUACACAACCCUAAUAAUUCAGAAACUACUAUAUCCCAAUUACAUUUAAACCCUGAUGGGACUUUGAAUUACAAUUUAACUAUUGCAUCAUAUAAUAACAACUCAAGAAAGGUUCAAUCAUCAUAUGAGGAUACUAUACCAUUGAAAGUAAAGUUUCCAAACUUAAAACAUCAUUUCCCUAGAUACACGAUUGAAACAUGUCCGGAUGAUUCAUUGAAAGAAUGUGUCGAAGAUACGAGAGCUACGAUUAAUAAGAUAAUGAAUGAAAAAAUGGGGAUAAAUGAAACUACUAAUAACAAGAAAGACGAUGUAACAUACAUAAAAUAUACAAGUAAUAACGUGGUAAAAGAUUCAGAAGGAAGUGAUGACGAAAGAGGCAGGGAACGUAUUAUACAAAUAAGAAACUAUCAAGAAGAUCCAAUGUUACCUCCUAAGUUCAAAUUGCGGAAAAAUAGACAUAAGAACCCAUCUCCACCUCCACCAUUAUUGAAGAGCAGUAAUAAUGAACAAACUAGCAAAUUAACAAAAGAAGAUCAGGCGAAAUGGCAAAUCCCGUCGGCUAUAUCUAAUUGGAAGAAUAAUCAAGGUUUUACUAUAUCAUUAGAUAAAAGGAUGAUUGCUGCAAAUGGAGGUUCAGAAUCAACCACCAAUGAUGUAAAUUUAGAGAAAUUUGGUGAGUUGUCUCAGGCUUUAGAAACGGCCGAUAAACAAGCCAGGGAAGAAAUUAAAAUUAGGAGUGAAAUGUUAAAGCAACUAGCUAUCAAGGAACAGCAUGAAAAAGAAAACAAAUUAAAGGAAUUAGCAGAUAUUGCCAGAAGUAAGAGACUAGAUAAUAAGAGACCUAGUGGGGAUUAUGAACAUAAUAAGAAAAAAACGAGAUAUUGA